AUGAAGGGUGUAGACAGGAUUAGUGGUUUACCUGAUUCAAUUUUAGGUCACAUUCUUUCAUUCCUUUCUACAGUAACAGCAGUUCAAACCUCCGUUUUAUCUACCAGAUGGAGAGAUCUUUUUACUUUAGUUUCUGCUCUCAACUUUGAAUUUGAAGAGCAGCAUAUGGACUGGAGCAAGAGGCAUAAAAGUUCCACCGUUAAGAACUUUAUGUGCUUUGUCGACAGAGUGUUGUUUUUCCAUAGGGCAAAUGUCGAUAAGUUUCGUCUGAAAUGCGGCAAAAGGGUUGAUUCUGACCGUAUUUAUGGGUGGAUAUCAGUCGCACUUUGGCGAGGCUAUAAACAUCUUGAUUUAAACAUCACUCUUGAUAAAUUCACUUUGCCUGGUGCUUUGUUUACUUGCAGGACAUUGGUAACUUUGAAACUGGAUAUUGGUUUUGUUUUGGAUGUUCCAAAGGGUGUUCAUUUUCCGAAUCUAGAGACUCUUCAACUCAAUUCUGUUGAAUUUUUUAAUGAUAAUUCAGUUAUAAAUCUUUUCUCCAGCUGCAGUAGUCUUGAAGAUGUGGUUAUAAGUAGAUGCAACAUGAAGAACAUAAGUAGCUUCAAUAUUUCGCAUCAUUUUCUCAAAAAAUUGACUAUACUUGACUUGUGUAAUAGUUCCAAGUAUUGGUUAAUGAUUGAUACUCCUAAUCUGGCCUACUUCAGAUACAAUAACUGCAUCAUAGCAGGGUAUUCACUGGAGAAUCUGACAUCUAUUGUCUGUGCAGACAUUCAAUUUCAAAUCAAAGAUGACGACGAUCUUCUAGUCGAUAUAACAGAUUUUUCUAAAGUGUUCUGUAUAGUUGGUUCACUUACUCUAUCACUUUAUUCUCUGCAGCUUCUCUUACGUUGUGAGUCACUUCCUGUUUUUUCUACCAUGAUUAAAUUGAAGAUAUGUUCUGGUUAUCAUCGUUGGUUGAAGGAUGGAGGACUUGAAACUUUAUUGUCAAGGUCGCCUGAACUAGAAAAACUUUCCUUUCCUCGGGAAGCUCUCAGAUCUCUGCCCGAAGAAGUGCCUUCUUGUUUGUUGUUUAAACUGAAGGCUAUUGAAAUUUCGUUCUUCGAAAAUAACGAAGAAUGUAUACGAAAGGCAAAGUAUAUCAUAAAGAAUGGUGGAGCUCUUGAGAAUUUUACAAUAUUUACAUACGGAUACGGUGAUGAAAAAGAGAGAUUGAAGAUAUCCAAAGUGUUGUUGGCUUCCCCAAGGAAAUCAAACAAGUGCAAUUUCUUGAUUUGCUUGUCAAAUUUUAUAUUGAGAUAG